CAGCUUAUAGUCGCGCUGCUGUGACUCAAUCGGUCUUAAAAUGCAGCCUUCAAAGAACGCGGCCCCCGAAUUGGGACACAGUCCAAUAUCAGUAAACGCAAUUCCGCGCAACAUUUGAGUGUCAAAUAAUUGCGUGUUUUAGUCCCGGUUUUUGUUCCUCCUAUUGAAUGCAGCCAUUUUGCCUUAGUUUUACCACUCAAGGGAGCGUGUACCGGCGUGUUCACGCGGGAAAGUGACGUCAAUGCAUACCCUCUAUACAUCUUAUAACAUAGAAAAAUGUUUUGUAUCUUCUUAGUUUCUCCUCAAACUGUUAGUUUCUGGUAAUCCUGUUAGUUUCUCCUGAAACUAAUAGGUCCACCCUUUGGUUUAUAGUUUAGUGCGGUUUAAUUGUGUUCACCUGUUCACCCGACAAUUAGAUGUAAAAAAAAAAACGAUAUUAGUUUGCUUAAUUUGGAGGAGAGGAUUGAUUUAAAUCAGCAUAAAAACGGAUUAAAAUGAGCAUAUAUAUUUUUUAAUAAAUCCUGUUUUUGGAAAACGACAUCUUGAACUGUAGACGAUGCUGUGAGAUAAAGGGCUUUGACUUUUAAACAAGCUCCAACCAGAGGCAAAUGUGGGCAGUGUUCAUGUAUUUAUCUGCUUUUGGUCUGCCCUUCAUAUGGUCUGGUCCCAGUGAUCCCUGAGGAUUUUUAGUUAGCCUAUAUGUGAAUAUAUUUUCUGUUUAAAUCUUGUGAAUCAAUUAGUCCUACACCGUCUUAAGUGCUUAACAAUGCUUCAUUUUAUUAUAUGCAACAUAUACAAUAACUGAGUGAAUGUUUAUGUAAACUUACAUAUUUCUCCUAACAUCCCUCUAGGCUAACAUGCUUUUAGAAAUGACGACUGUGAGUAAGUCAUUAAGUAAACACUGGGAAGAGGCUAAGUUGACCCAACCCAAGUUGCCUUGUAGCUGUGAUAUUUUCGUCUUAAAGAAAAGGUGACUGCCAUUAGGGAGUGGCUGGAUGGAGAAGCCUGUCUCAAAUCUUCCUUUGCGUUUUUCAUUAAGAAUGUAGCACAUCUGGUCGUGACUCGUGGGGACAGUAAACCGGUAAAGUCAAGUUGUGUACAGAGAGAAUUAAUUUAGGUGUCCAGAGGAAAAUAAAAGGAUGCAAAAGAUGUUGUUGUGAGGCUGAAUGAUUAAACGUUCAAGACCUCUGGGACGGAUCACUUCUGAGCUUAACAUCAUCAUUUUUUUGAUCCUCAAUCAGUUAUCUAGAAGCAUGGGUGUUUGGGUUAUCUUACCCAUUGUUCUGUGUGCCAUCUCAUUCAUCGGAUGCUGGACAGUAUAUGGAAUAGCAUUAAGUCUUAACCAUGUCUGCUCACUUAGUAACUGGGAAUACAGAAACUCGUGUUUAAUAAAUGAAACGGGCACGUGCUGCACUCUGCAACACAUUCCCACCAUAAGCUCAACUGGGACAAACCUUCCAGAAAACUCCCUUUUCUCUGCAACAAUCAAUGCUGGUUCUUUUUUGUUCCUGGUUUUCUGCAUUUUUCAUCACGCACACAUUCUGGACAGGAGCAGUAUUAAUUGUCUCCUCAGUAAGAUCGCUAUGGUUUCAGGCUGUGUGUCCGCUGCUGGUGCUUUUGUGGCUGGGAACUGUAAUCAAGCAGAGCUUUCGUUGUUGCAUUAUCUGGGUGCUGCCCUGAGCUUUGUGUGUGUGUGUCUGUACUUCACCAUCCUGACCUCCCUCACUAGCAAAUGUAUGCUGACCGGGUAUGAGCAGGUCCUCUACCCGCUACGCAUUGUCUCUUCAACAAUACAGAUUUCUGCCACCAUCCUCUACUGCAUCCUCUUCGUGCAGGUGGAUUACUUUUACAAACACAUCUCUGCUGUAUUUGAAUGGCUUCUCAGUGUCAAUCUGGAGCUGUAUGAACUCAGCUAUGCUGUGGAGUUUUACUUUUUCUCAUCAUCAAUGCUUUCAGUACUUUUAGCAAAGAAAGAAGAGGAGAAACCUUUGAUUUUGUCUUGAUGUCUAAAUCAGUUUUCAGUUUUUCUGUUAUAGAUUCAUAAACUUGUACCAUACCUAUGCUAUUGGGAGGGGGCACCAGACACUUUGCUAAAUGGCACUUUGAGGUUAUCGUUUGCAGAAUACUACAUCGUUUUACAUCUCUGACAUUUUUAAGGACAUUAAUGCAAUAUUUGAUAUAGCAAUAUAUUAUCUAGACAGAUUUCCUUUGAGCUACAGCAAGUUUUCAUCCGACUGUAUGUCUUACCAUAUAUUUGGUCAGUGCAUUCUGUUUCAAAGGUUGUUCAGUGUUUGCUUCACAUUUUUAUUCUAAUUGUGAAAUUCCUUGAUAAUGUUGAAUCAAUUGCUGGCAGGAAAUGUGUAUUUAUCAGUGAAGAAAGUUUCAUAAGAUCCAUAUAGGAAAAGAUAAAAGAAACAAUCAUGUACAGGUUUAUCGUAAAUUUUUUUGCAUGAUCCCAGUUUUAUAUCAGGACUUUAGUUUAGAUACUCAUACAUUAUAAAGUGAAUUCAUAUGAACUGCAUUUUGUGGCAUUGGUUAUUUGUGGGUUAAGUG